CCUCCGGGUGCGCAGUUCCAUCUGGUGUUGUGUUUGUGAGAAGAGGGAGGCACUGUGCAUGUAUGAAGGUGCCUCUCUCCCCUGGAUGUGUGCAGGCGAAUCUGAAUCUUCCAUUAAAAAUAUAUGCCGGGUUUGCCGGUCAGAAGGAACAAUGGAUAAACCACUUUACCAUCCUUGUGUCUGCACUGGUAGUAUCAAAUUUAUUCAUCAAGAGUGUUUAGUCCAGUGGCUCAAGCACAGCAGAAAAGAAUACUGUGAACUAUGCAAACACAGAUUUGCUUUCACACCGAUUUAUUCUCCAGAUAUGCCAUCCAGGCUACCGAUUCAGGAUAUUUGUGCAGGAUUGGUUACGAGUAUUGGUACAGCAAUACGUUACUGGUUCCAUUACACACUGGUGGCCUUUGCAUGGCUGGGAGUUGUACCUCUUACAGCAUGUCGCAUCUACAAGUGUUUGUUUACUGGCUCUGUGAGCUCACUGUUGACACUGCCACUAGAUAUGUUAUCCACGGAAAAUCUGCUGGCAGAUUGUUUGCAGGGUUGUUUUGUAGUAACCUGCACACUCUGUGCAUUCAUUAGCCUUGUCUGGCUACGAGAACAGAUUGUGCAUGGUGGAGCUCCUCAGUGGCUGGAACAAAACCAAGCCCAGCCGCCCAAUGGAGCUGCACAACAGAAUGAGCCUCCAGCUGCUCCAAAUGUUGCGGCGGAGAAUCCACCAGUUGCACAACCAGUGAACCAGGCAGUAGAGAAUCCAGCAGCAGCCGGGGAAGCUGCCGCCGUAGCACCAGAGAACGCAGACGUUCGGGCGGAUGAUGCCGACAAUGAAGAAGAGGAGAAUGAGGACGAAGAUGAUGCUGUUGUAGAAGAUGGUGCGGAUGCUAACAAUGGUGCACAAGAUGACAUGAACUGGAAUGCCCUGGAAUGGGAUAGAGCUGCAGAAGAACUUACGUGGGAGCGGAUGCUUGGAUUGGAUGGUUCGCUUGUGUUCUUGGAACAUGUCUUCUGGGUGGUUUCAUUAAACACAUUGUUCAUACUUGUAUUUGCAUUCUGUCCAUAUCAUAUUGGACACUUCUCCGUCGUUGGUCUAGGUUUUGAGGAGUAUGUUCAAGCCUCCCAUUUUGAAGGCCUGAUAACAACUAUAGUUGGCUAUGUUUUGCUGGCUAUGACUCUAAUAGUCUGUCACGCCCUGGCUGCACUGGUGAAGUUCCAGCGAUCACGACGUUUAUUGGGCGUAUGCUACAUUGUUGUUAAGGUGUCCUUGCUCGUAGUUGUGGAAAUUGGUGUGUUUCCUCUUAUAUGUGGCUGGUGGCUUGACAUUUGCUCCCUGGAAAUGUUUGAUGCUACAUUGAAAGACCGAGAGCUGAGUUUUCAGUCUGCACCUGGAACCACAAUGUUCUUGCACUGGCUGGUGGGAAUGGUCUACGUAUUCUACUUUGCUUCCUUUAUUCUCCUACUAAGAGAGGUUUUGAGACCUGGUGUCUUGUGGUUUUUAAGGAAUCUGAAUGAUCCAGACUUUAACCCGGUUCAGGAGAUGAUUCACCUGCCUAUUUAUAGGCAUUUCAGACGUUUUAUCCUGUCUGUGAUUGUCUUUGGGUCCAUUGUACUCCUUAUGCUUUGGUUACCAAUUCGUAUUAUUAAGACUCUUCUCCCUGAUUUUCUUCCAUACAAUGUGAUGCUUUACAGUGAUGCUCCAGUCAGUGAAUUGUCCCUGGAGCUUCUGCUCCUGCAGGUGGUAUUGCCUGCCCUACUGGAACAGGGACACACCAGGCAGUGGCUUAAGGGUCUUGUGCGAGCUUGGACUGUUACAGCCGGGUACCUGCUAGACCUUCACUCAUAUUUACUUGGAGACCAAGAAGAAAAUGAGAACAAUGCAAACCAGCAGGCGAACAAUAACCAACAACCUCGUAAUAACAAUGUCAUACCUGUAGUUGGUGAAGGACUUCAUGCCGCCCACCAGGCCAUAUUGCAACAGGGUGGACCUGUUGGUUUUCAGCCUUAUCGUAAACCUCUGCAAUUUCCAUUCAGGAUCCUUCUCUUGGUAAUCUUCAUGUGUGUGACAUUAUUGAUUGCAAGCCUCAUCUGCCUCACAUUACCAGUUUCAGCAGGUCGUUGGCUUAUGUCAUUUUGGACCGGGAGUGCCAAAAUUCAUGAACUAUACACAGCUGCCUGCGGACUGUAUAUAUGCUGGUUGUCUAUUCGAGCAAUUACAGUAAUGGCAGCAUGGAUGCCACAGGGACGAGAUGUUAUUUUUCUGAAACUGAAGGAAUGGUCCCUUAUGAUAGUGAAAACACUGAUAGUGGCCCUGCUGCUGGCUGGAAUGGUUCCUCUUCUUUUAGGUCUCUUGUUUGAGCUGGUUAUCGUAGCUCCCUUGCGGGUUCCUCUGGAUCAGACGCCACUCUUCUACCCGUGGCAGGAUUGGGCUCUAGGUGUUCUCCAUGCCAAAAUUAUUGCUGCAAUAACUCUGAUGGGACCUCAGUGGUGGCUGAAAACAGUUAUUGAACAGGUCUAUGCAAAUGGCAUUCGAAACAUUGAUCUGCAUUUUAUAAUUCGCAAAUUGGCAGCACCAGUUAUUGCAGUGUUGUUGUUAUCACUUUGUCUACCAUAUGUUAUAGCUACAGGCAUUGUUCCCCUAUUGGCAGUAACUACUGAGAUGCAGAACCUAGUCCAGCGUCGGAUUUAUCCUUUCCUUUUAAUGGUGGUGAUAUUGAUGGGAGUCCUUUCCUUCCAAAUCCGCCAAUUCAAGCGCCUCUAUGAACACAUUAAAAAUGACAAGUAUCUUGUUGGCCAGCGUCUAGUUAACUACGAACGAAAGGCUGCUAAACAAUCCAAGACGACUGCACCACCUUCCUUUGAGGAGUAGUGGUUCUGGCCUACCUAUCCCUUAUGUGCUCCUCCUUUGAUCUAUCUCUUUCUCCCCUCCCCCCCCCUCGUCUCCCUGCUCCCUUGUUUGCAUCUUUGCUCAUGUCAAGCAGACAAAAAAGUUCAGUUUUCUCACCUUAAUUACUGUCCCAUUGCUGUCUGAAAACUGUAUAUCUGUAAAUAGAAUGAACAUUCUGAACCCCUUAAAAAAGAUAAAUGAAUGUGCAUUGUAAAUCUUAAAAUAUGUAUAUUAAUUUAUUAAAUGUAGUCAUCACUUUAUUUGGACUGUUGUCCUACAUUUUGCAAGUGAGAGUGGUACAGAGACCAUAUAGCAAGGGUAAGUUUGUGAUGACUUCAUGAACUCAUUUUUACAGAUGUUCACAAUGGUUGGUACUUUAAUACCCUGGAAUUCAAGUAAACUUUACAAAGCAGGGCAAAGCAAAAACAGAAAACAAAGGUUGCAAAUGGUUAGGAUUCACAAAACACUUAAUUUCAAUUGUUGUUCAUGCCCAAAAUCUAAUGUUUUGGUAAGACAGUUCUAAAGUCUACUUUAGAGCAAAAUAUUAAAUGCCAUAUAGAGCAUUGUUUUAGCCUAACACCAACAUCACUCACAUAUAUACUUUGGUUUCGGCAGAUGUCUAAUUGCAGACUAAUCCACGACCUCCUGCAACAAUACUUUUCACUAUUAUCUCCCCUGGACAUAAUGUAGAUCUAUCUCAUUUUUGCAGUCUUUUGUACUAAUUUGAUUUGCUAUUUCUUCAACAAAGUGAAUGGCACCAUCGAGGUUGGAUUUAGGCUGCAUAGCUCGGACAUUUUUGAAGUGCCUAAGCUUUUCUGCUGCCUACCUUGGAUAAUUGGAAGAAAUCUUUUCUUGGAUAAUUGGAAGAAAUCUUGUUUCUGGGGGACAAGGGUGGGUGGAGAUUUUAUUUGUAGAAUUGCCCUUCUAUUCUCUGUAUAUUCCCAGAACUGUGAAUUGAUUUUUGUGUAAUGUUCAGCAAAUUUAUUUUCUGAAGAGAAAAAUGCUGAGCAUUUGUGAUGCUACCCUUAUUAAUGGGGCAGUGGCAUGCUUUACAUUACAAAGCCAAAUCCAUACAAUUUAAAAGCUGUAAUGUUUUACAGUCAGCACCUGACUUAGUGUAUUGAUAAUACUGUUAUUUGCAUUAAUGGGAAUGUUUUAAAUUUUUAAACAGUGAUGUAUAACAAAUGUAGAUGAAGAAAUGGGUACUGUUGACUUAAUGUGAACAGUUGCUUAAACAGAAUUUUCCAGAAUCUGACCACUCCCCUCUUUGUCUUGAUUUUUAUACAAUAUAUAUUUAUAAAAGAAUUUCAGAAGUGACGAAUCCAUGCAAAUCUGUAUUUGUUCUACACGCUUUACUGCAGAUGGUAGUGAAAGGAUGAAUUACCACAUCAAAAGGUGUAGUAAGAUUACUUGUAAGGAAAUAUCAAAUUUACUAUUUGCAUUUGUCUUUUCGGAGCUAUAAUACAGAAUUUCUGCAAUAAGCAAUCAUUUAAGUAUUCUUGCCACACCGAGACCUAGAAUUUGAAUCAAAAGUUGGUUUCAAAUGCACUUCAUCAUCCAAAUUGAACUUAGAAAACUGAACCAGAUAGUAGAUCUUCGCAGUAUAUGUAAAUUGGAGAAUAUCUCCCUCUCCUGUCCCACUUGCAAAAUCACCAUUGCAAACACUGUCAUGUACAUCAUUUGAUGCAUCUGCAUUACAAUGUUUGAGAAGGGCUUCCUUUUCUCUCAAAGACUGAAUCAUCAUUAAGGAGUUAAGUGGACCUUAACUAAAUGGCUGAGUGGCACAAUUUGUUCUCUAUGGGAAACAUGCAUGUAAAUAUCAAACAAGAUUGUUACUUUAUUUUGGAUUUCCUUUUUGGAAAUCCCAUGUUGUAUUCUGACUCCUGGAACACCUGUCUGACAUUUAUUGACAGAUGUAGUCAUUAUUAACUUUUUUUGUGUGUUUGCAAUGACCCAAUACCAACGCUAACUAUGUAAUUUAGCAACAAGCCAUCUUUUGAAGUUGUAUCAAGGUGGUAAGCGUGCUCUUCCAAUAGAGGUAUUUCACCCUUUUACUACUUACACAAAAUUGCUCUCACCCUAUCGGUCAUGGGGCAAUUUGCUGUUUGUCAUUGUUAGUUGGUGUCGGUGCAAAUCAUAUUAUGGCCUCUUUCCUUGUGGUUGGUUUGGGGGAGGUGUUAAAGAAAUAAAUGAAUUGAAUUCAGGAGGAA